CGGGAAGAAAGGCACAAGGGCGUCUUUGUAUGUUCAAAUCGUGCGAGCGCGUAAGGAUUGGUUGGGGUGAUGGGCGUUAGGAGAGAUCUCUCAGUUCUCUUGCUCCUCUCUGUCUUGUGGUGUGGCUCAGUGUUUCAGAGGCGAGCCCGAGGAAGUUGCACCCCCCGCCGCCACCAAGGAAGAGGCUCCCGCCACCGCUGACACCACCGCACCUGCAACAGCCAAGAAGAAAAUGGGAUUCAACCUCGGUAGGGAGCUCUCGUAUCAUGACGAUGAGUGCCUGUCUGGGGUGUGUCUGUCAUGCGCCCUCUUGCCCCGCCUGCCGUGUGUGUGUGUGUGUGUGUGUGUGUGUGUUGCAGGCGACGUCUUCCCCAACUUCCAGGCCCAAGCAUCUGGCGUGCCAAAUGGUGAGGGGUGAGGGGGGCGUAAGGACCACAGCGGAUGGAAAGAUCUCUCUGCCUGUGUGUGUGUGCAGGCGAGUUUGAUCUGUACAAGUACUGGGGGGACGGCUGGGGCAUCCUGUUCUCGCACCCUGCCGACUACACGCCCGUGUGCACCACUGAGCUGGGCAAGGCCGCCAAACUCGCCGAGGAAUUCGCGAAGCGCAACUGCAAGCUGUGCGCCAUCUCGUGCAACGACAAGGACUCCCACGAGGUCUGUGGUGUGCACUCGUGUGUCAGCUCCAGGGAAACGACAUGAGUCAGCUCAUGUGGUGUGUGCGGCCGGUUGUGUGUGUUCAGGGUUGGUCGAAGGACAUCAUCUCGGUGCAGGGCAUGAGCGGCGACAUGCCCUUCCCCAUCAUCGCUGACCCCACACGCGCCAUCGCAACGGGACUGGGUAGGUACAUCCACAACAGCCACCGAAUCACAUCGACCCGUAACGUACCUGAAGUCAAAUCAACUCACGUCGGUGUGGCGAGCAGGCAUCAUGGAUCCCGAGGAGAAGGACAAGCAGGGGCUGCCUCUCACCUGCCGAUCCGUCUUCUACGUCUCCCCGGACAGGAAGCUCAAGGUACGUGGGUGGGUCGGUGGGCAGGUGGGUGGGCGGAUAGAUAGGGCGAACACAUCGCGGCAACACGAGCUCCUCUGGCCUUUCCCCUGGUCUCUCUCUUUGGUGGUCGUCAGGCCCAGGUGCUGUAUCCCGCCACCACUGGACGUGACUUCUCCGAGCUGCUCCGUGUGCUCGACUCCCUGCAGGUACCCUCUCUCUCACACACUCACACACAGAGGACAGUCACAGAUCUUCGGUCGGUGUGUGUGUGUGUGUGUGUGUCAGCUGACGUCCAAGUUCCCCGUGGCGACUCCCGAGGGCUGGCAGAACGGCAGCAAGUGCAUGGUGGUGCCCUCGCUCACUGACGAUGACGCAAAGACCAAGCUGGCCAAGGGUUUUGAGAAGGUCGACGUGCCGUCUGGCAAGAACUACAUCAGAAUGACGCCGGUCAGUGGCAGGGCGGGCACACACGACACCCGUGGGAAAUCGAUGCUGCGACUGUGUGUGGAUCCCUCCGUUUAUCAGGACCCCCGCUAAGUCAAGCCGAGAGGUUCCAACGAGGGAAGACAGACAGGUGUACGCUCAAGCACGCACCACGUACGGACCGAUGGGCGCGUGAGCUGAGCAGCUGCGAGUUGCGUGUGUGUUUCAUCAAGGACUUUUUAUUGGCCGACUGUCUGUGAGUUUGCCUCUGUUCUCUGGUGAGGUUUUGAGUGGCAAAGGCGUCAGUCAUCGUCUCUGAGGAGCUCCUCCUGCUUUCGCCAGCUGCAUCGUUGGUCGCUUUCCGUCUGCAGUGCAGCAGAUGGGCGUCUCGCGACGUUGCAGUGGGUCGAAAACAAGGGUGCGCCCGACCAAACAGACAGACCGCCACCACUUUCCAUGGAGGACUUUUAUGUCAAUCCAUGUAUGUGUGUGCAUGCGUCCAUACUUGUCUUUGUGAGGGAGAGAGUGAGCGAGAUCACUCAGGC